ACCCUUUUUACUGAUAUUCAGUUGAACCAUAAUUUCCUUGAAGUAGACUGUUAUUUACGCUAUUUAAAACUUCAUUUGCUUUCGUUUUUCCUUAGCCUCUGUUUUUAAUUUUUUUUUAAUUUUUGGGUUCAUCUUUCUCUCUUUUGUUGUUGGGUUGAAGAAAAAUGACAGCACAAGUGAGCAGUUCAUUGGUAAGGGUAUUGAGUGGUCACAUGGAAGAGCAGCAUGCUGGGAAGUCUGAUAUCUUGAUUACAAAAGAUUUGCUGGGAAAUUUGUCAAAUGCUAAACCAACAACACCCAAAGCUAUAGAUCUUGAAUUUAAGGGUGGGAGAGUAGAGGCACAAAAGUGCAGCUCAUCAUCAUCAUCAUCACCAUCAGCAUCGGCGUCAUCACCAAAGUCACCAUUAUCAGCAAAAGGAUCGGCUUCUCCAGAUGGGAAAUCGUUCAAGACUCCAUUGUCGAAUUUCCUACAAGAUUCCAAGCUCCAAGACUUGAACUUCCCACCAAUCAACCUGUUUGAUGAAAUGACAACAACUUCCCUCGAUUUAAAGCUCCAGUCUUGUUCAACCCCAAGCCCUUACCAAAGUGUUUGUACCCUCGACAAGGUUAAACACGCCCUGGAAAGAGCCGAAAAAGGAGGAAACAUGAAGAAACGUUCAUCGUCACCACCACCGCCACCGUCAUCGCCGCCUGCAACGUCGUCUUCAUCAACACCAAGAAUGUUUGCAGCUGCAUGCCCUGGUUGCUUAUUAUAUGUCAUAGCUUCAAAUACAAAUCCCAGGUGCCCUCGCUGCAAUUCUUUUGUUCCAUCUUCCCUGCCUAUGAAGAAGCCUAGGAUUGACCUCAAUGCAUCAUUUUAAUCCUUUCUUCUCUUUCUCCUGAGAACAUCGAUUGGAGAUUUAAAAAAAAAAAUGUUGUAUAACUCUUCAGUCCUGCAAAUAUUCUUGAUUCAUGUAAAUUGAAAAAGAAAAAAAAAACCAUAGGUUCAGAAUUCAGAUAUGGGGUUUACUUUAAUUUAGUGUAGGGGGGUCCAAUGAUGAUAUUAAUAGAUGUUUUGUCAGUUCAAUUUCAUUUGUAUUUUGGAAGACAUAGAAAAUUUCAAUCUGAUGUUCUUACUCUA